ACCACAACAACAGAGGCACCAACCACAACUACAGUAGCUCCAACCACAACAACAGCAGCUCCUUCCACAACCACAGCUACUCCAACAACAACAUUUGCUCCAACCACAACAACAGAGGCACCAACCACAACAAUUUCUCCAACCACAAUUUCAACUUCGAUCAUGACAGCGUCUUCAAACAAACCAAAAGAUCCUUUAACCACAACUACAGCAUCUCCAACCACAAUCUCAGCAGCUCCAAGAACAACUGCAUCUCCAGCAACUACAGUAGCUCUGUCCCCAACAGCUUCUCCAACAACAACCACAACUUCUCCAUCGACAAAUAGAGAGGCUUCAACAACAGCUUUUCCUGCCACAACAAUUUCUCCAACCAUAACCACAGCAGCUCCAACUACAACCACAUCGGCUCCAACCACAAUCACAACUACUGCAAUAACAAGCUCUGCUCCAAGCAUUACAAAUACAGCUGGCUCAACCAUAACUACAAAUUUGCAAACCACAGUGGCUCAACCCACAACUGCGAUUUCCCAAUCCACUGGAAUUGGUGCAACAGCCACCACCAAAACUUCUCCAGCUACAUCCAUUGAAACUAUAUCCACAUCCUCAAAUUUUCCUUCAACAACAUCAGCUUCCUCAGUAACAACAACUGCUGGAGUUUCAAGUCAAACAUCUCUUACAGAGACCACAGUAUCUCUUAACACAUUCACAGCUGCCCCAACUAUGACCACAAAUGACUUGAUCAGAACCACAAAUGCUUCAAUCAACACUUCUGCUGCUCCAGCAACAACUACACCUGCUCUAAUUACAUCCACAGUUCUUCCUUUAACAACCACACCUUCCCUGACUGCAACAAUUCCACCAAACACGACAGUUUCAUCUUCCACCACAGCUGCUUCAAAACUAUCAGCAAACCAAACCUUAUUGUCAUCUACUCAAAAUCCAACCACAGCUUAUCAAACAAUUCCAGCUACUACAACUGUAACUUCUGCUCCAGUUUUUUAUGUUGGAGUGGUUGUUUACGAACCAUUUGAUGAAGAUCUCAAAAAUAAUGAGAGCCAAAAAUUUAAGGAUCUUGCGGAAAGGAUCGUAGCAGUAUAUGACAUGGUCUACAGGAAAACUUUCGGAGCCCUCUUCAUCCGUAGUUAUGUCAUUGCAUUUAGAGUUUCUUUGGCAUCCCGAAUUCGAAUGAAUGUCACAGAAGUUGAAGUUGGGGUGGAGUUUAACCAAACCACGCAACUCCCAAGGAACGAAGACGUACAAAAGACGUUAUCAGAUGCUAUAUAUUCACACGAUAACAACACUAUUUUGAAUGUCUCAUUUUCACCUGGUUCUGUCCAAAUAAUACGCACACCUUUGACAACCACACCGACCCCUACAAAUACUACAGUUAUUACCAUCGCUCCAAACUCAACUACAACUCCUGCAGUUGAACCAACAACCAACAGCACAACUCCAUCUACUACAGUUAAACCAACAACCAACAGCACAACUCCAUCUACUACAGUUAAACCAACAACCCAAACACCUCCAACUGUGGAGGCAACAGUCACAAAGAAACUGACUUUUAGGUCUUUUGGCGAGACCUUCACCACUGAUUUGUUGAACCCAUCAUCUGCCGCAUUUAAAAACCGAGCUGCACUUAUAAAGUUAAAUCUGGAACCUCUCUUUCAGCGAGCGUUUCCUACGUUACGCGACUUCAUUGUAACUUCAUUCAGCAACGGAUCAAUUAUCAACAACAUGAACCUUAAAUUUUCAGCAGCGUAUGUACCUGGCAACAUUCAAAUUACAGAGGUUUUGAUGAAAGCAGCUCUGAACGUCACAGAUUUCAACAUCGAGACUACUUCUAUUCUUGUGGACGACACACAAGUAUCAAGUGGAGUAAGCCACAACAUCAGCCUCAUCACUGCACUCAGCAUGGUCCUGUUGUCAUGGCUUCUAUCAAACCAGCAGUAACGUCUCUGCUGGUUCCCAGAGGAAGAUGUGCUGGAAAAUGUCAAUUCUUACUGGUGUGAAGAAGGACAUUCUAAAAAUUCACUCAUGACACUUUAAAUCUUUAAAAACAUUUAUUGAAACUUUAUUCUGUAUAACAGUGACUGUGUUUAUUUUAAUUUUCAGGCUAUUCAAGUUUGUUCAUAUCAGUUCUUUCUUAUUUAUUUAUGUAAAUUUAAUUAUUAUGGUGAAUUAAUAUAAUUUAUAAUCUUUGAAAGGUAAAAUGAAGGUAAUGAAGGAUUAUUAAAGUCCAAGACUGUUUAUGUAAUCGUUAAGAUUUCUCUCUCAAUGAAUAUUGUAAGGCUGUCUGAUCAAUUUCUUGUAUGAUUGUCUAGUUUUUCUUUUUCAUUUAGCUGUAUUUAUCACACAAAAAUAUUCUGUAUUCAGUUUUCUGAAAGAAUUUUGCUUAUUUUUUCCCUGUAUAACUAUCAAUAUAAUAAAGAUAAAUUAUAAAAUACA